UAUAAAAUUGAAAUAAAUGCAAGCAGGAAGAAAAACUCAAAGGAUCAAGCAACUGUGGGAAAAUAUUGAAACAGGAAAGCAUUACUACAUCAGUGAUAAAGGCUUUCAGAAGCCUGUGAAGCCAGAUGGUCUUGCAAUUCCGAAGUUUUUACCAACUAUCACUGGGACUUCGAAUAAUUUACGGUCUCUCAAAAAUCCUGAGAGCGUCCCAAGAUUUCCUGGUAAGAAAGAUAGGAUCUUAAAAAGAAAAGAGAAUAAAGGGCCUAUGUCACUUAGUAAAUCGUUAAAGAAUCUUGUGAUUUUAUCACCCAAAAAUAAAAUUGAAUUCAAAGAAAAUUCUAAAAUUUAUAACGUGAAUGAUAAGAAAUACUCAUUUAAAUAAGGUUUUGGUUGGCGAAACUUUCAGAUCAGUCCGAAAGGAGAGGAGAGCUCGAGAAGGAAGUGAUGAGAGGAAAAAUGAUUUUCUUGCUACUCUUCAAAAUCAUAAAUCAAGGUCCCAAGAUAACAUCAGAUCAAGCCCCCAGCUUCCUACAUCCCAUUUUAAAGCAGCAAAAUUUUUAGAUCUGCACCCUAAGACUAUUGAAGAGUAUGGAAAUGAGAAUGUGAAAGAGUUUAGACACCAAAACAAGCUUCAUGAUAAGCGUCAGGUGAUAAAAUAACAAGGUGCUACAAGAAUUUUUCAAGAAGCAUAAAAAUCCCCACAUGAGGACGCUAGCCAAUCCGUUUAAUAUUACUCCUACAGAGGAGUACAUGCUGAAAAAUAAGAUAGCAAUGGGAAGUUUUAUCCCAAACACCUCCAUUUCUACUAAGAAAGAGAGAAGAUUUAGCACCUACAUGAGUGUCGAUCUUGUAGGUAUGUCAAAAGCGUCAAGCCUCACCUCUGCUCAAUUCACAGCCAAACUUGGAACCAAGAUUAAGAAGAAGAAGGAGAAAACAGGCUCGCCUCCAGCAGAAGGACAAGGGGAACCACCAAAUCAAAUAGCUAGUCCGAAAGCUAUGCAGCCCAAGCAGGAAGAUCUCCUUACUAAACUAGUCGAUGAAAAUAUGAAAGAGACUGAGUCUGACAACAGUGAUGACUCUAGGUACAUGUUUGAUGAAGGCCAUAAUGUGGCAAGCUCAGAUUUUCUUGCAAAGAACUAUAAAGAGAUGCAGAAAAAGGAAGAGAUCCUUAAAGAAAUUGAACGUAAAAGAAAUGAAAAAAAAAGAGUCUCACUUGAGCCAAACAGGUUUUAUGAAAUAAAGACAGAGAAUCCUGGCGAUUUGUGGAGGAAGGACAGGAAAACCUUAGAGUUAGCUAACCCUAUUUAUGGGGAAAAAGAGCGAUUCUAUUUAGAGAAAGAUAAACAUUUCCUUCAGAAGAGAAGGCAAGGUAGUAUACUAAAGAAUCUGGCGUUAAGUCAGGAUCUUAAAAUUAUGAACAAGAAGUUAGACAAAAUGCUCCGUGAUAAAAUAUUCUAGAAAACAAUCUGAAUCUAUCGAAU